AUAAUUUCUUUUGCAGAUUAUUCUCUAAAUUUAAAUAGCCGGUUGCUGUAUACGCCAUUUUGGAUUUGGUUUGUACCGUGGCGCGGUGGUGGUCGUAGGUGGUUACAUGUCAAUCUGUUGGUCACUUAAAUACUUCAAACUUUAGUGUUCAUUACUUUUAUUUUCAUUUUUGUGGUAAACGUUUGUCGUUCAAAAUGACGGCCCAGGGUUUACCAAUUCAUUUUCAAGAGCAUUUGCAGCUCACCACUGUCGGAAUCAAUGCAGCAAAUAUUACAUUUAACAACCUUACAAUGGAAUCUGACAAAUUCAUCUGUGUCAGAGAAAAAGUGGGAGAUUCUGCACAAGUUGUUAUCAUUGACAUGAGUAAUCCGACAAAUCCUAUACGAAGACCAAUAUCUGCAGAUUCUGCUAUUAUGAACCCUGCUUCUAAAGUUAUAGCUUUAAAAGCUUCUUCCGGAACCAUGAGAACUUUACAAAUAUUCAACAUUGAAAUGAAGAGCAAAAUGAAAGCUCAUACCAUGAAUGAAGAUGUUGUGUUUUGGAAGUGGAUUAACGUUAAUACCAUUGCCUUGGUCACUGAAUCAGCUGUGUUCCAUUGGAGCAUGGAAGGAGAAUCUCAGCCAUUAAAAAUGUUUGACAGACAUACUAGUUUGAAUGGUUGCCAGAUUAUAAACUACAGGUGUGAUCACAAGCAGCAAUGGUUACUGUUAAUCGGCAUUUCCGCACAGCAAAACCGUGUGGUUGGAGCUAUGCAGUUGUAUUCUGUUGAGAGAAGAGUAAGUCAGCCUAUUGAGGGUCAUGCUGCCGCAUUUUCUCAGUUCAAGUUGGAAGGUAACCCUGAACCAUCUACACUAUUUUGUUUUGCUGUAAGAUCAGCCCAGGGUGGAAAGUUGCAUAUAAUUGAAGUUGGUCAAGCUCCUGCUGGUAAUCAGCCGUAUCCGAAAAAGGCAGUAGAUGUGUAUUUUCCCUCAGAAGCGCAAACUGACUUCCCUGUUGCCAUGCAGAUAAGCUCAAAGCAUGAUAUAAUUUACCUGAUAACAAAGUAUGGAUAUGUUCACCUUUAUGAUAUUGAAAGUGCUGUUUGCAUUUACAUGAACAGAAUAAGUAGUGAAACCAUCUUUGUUACUGCACCUCAUGAACCAACUGCUGGCAUCAUAGGAGUCAACCGCAAGGGACAAGUACUUUCAGUUAGUGUUGAAGAAGAAAACUUUAUUCCAUAUAUUAAUAAUGUUCUGCAAAAUCCAGAUUUAGCUUUGCGUGUAGCCACACGUAACAACCUCUCAGGUGCCGAAGACUUAUUUGUUAGAAAGUUUAACACAUUGUUCACCAAUGGGAAUUAUGCUGAAGCUGCUAAAGUUGCUGCCAAUGCCCCAAAGGGAAUUUUAAGAACACCCCAAACAAUUCAAAGAUUUCAACAAGUUCCAACUCAAGCUGGACAAACUGCACCUCUUCUGCAGUAUUUUGGAAUUCUUCUUGAUCAAGGACAACUAAAUAAGUUUGAAUCUCUUGAAUUGUGUCGUCCUGUUUUGCAACAAGGACGAAAGCAACUUCUUGAAAAAUGGCUUAAAGACGAUAAGCUUGAAUGCAGUGAAGAACUUGGGGAUUUAGUGAAGCAAGUUGAUCCUACUCUGGCCUUGUCUGUAUAUCUGCGUGCUAAUGUGCCCAAUAAGGUUAUACAAUGUUUUGCUGAAACAGGGCAGUUUCAAAAGAUAGUUCUGUAUGCAAAGAAAGUGGGUUUCACCCCUGACUAUAUAGGUUUAUUAAGACAAGUCAUGAGGAUCAAUCCUGAUCAAGGAGCUUCAUUUUCUCAGAUGUUAGUGCAAGAUGAUGAACCAUUGGCUGACAUUAAUCAAAUUGUAGAUAUAUUUAUGGAACAGAACUUAGUACAACAGUGCACCGCUUUCCUACUUGAUGCUUUAAAAAAUAAUAGACCUUCUGAAGGUAGUUUGCAAACCAGACUUUUGGAAAUGAAUCUUGUAACAGCUCCACAGGUAGCUGAUGCUAUAUUAGGUAAUCAGAUGUUUACUCAUUAUGAUAGAGCUCACGUGGCUCAACUGUGUGAAAAGGCUGGAUUGUUACAGCGAGCGUUGGAACAUUAUACAGACUUGUAUGAUAUUAAGCGAGCAAUUGUGCAUACUCAUCUUUUGAAUUCAGAGUGGCUGGUUAACUAUUUUGGCUCCUUAUCAGUUGAAGAUUCUAUUGAAUGUUUAAAAGCUAUGUUAAGUCACAACAUUCGUCAAAAUCUACAAAUAUGUGUCCAGGUAGCCACAAAAUAUCAUGAGCAACUGACCACCACCUCUCUAAUUGACUUAUUUGAAUCCUUUAAAAGCUAUGAAGGUUUAUUCUAUUUCUUGGGAUCUAUUGUAAACUUUAGUCAAGACCCAGAAGUUCAUUUCAAAUAUAUACAGUCUGCUUGUAAAACUGGUCAAAUCAAAGAAGUAGAGCGAAUCUGCCGUGAGAGCAACUGUUACAACCCAGAAAGAGUUAAAAAUUUUCUUAAAGAAGCAAAGCUUACUGAUCAACUUCCUUUGAUUAUAGUCUGUGACAGAUUUGAUUUUGUGCAUGACCUCGUCCUUUACCUUUAUCGAAAUAAUUUACAAAAGUACAUUGAAAUUUAUGUUCAAAAGGUAAAUCCAUCUCGUCUUCCUGUUGUGAUUGGUGGCUUAUUAGAUGUAGAUUGUUCUGAAGAUGUAAUUAAAUCAUUGAUAAUGGUAGUGAGAGGGCAGUUCUCAACUGAUGAACUUGUUGAAGAAGUUGAAAAAAGGAACAGGCUGAAACUCCUGUUACCAUGGCUAGAGACGAGAGUCCACGAAGGCUGCAAUGAGCCUGCCACUCAUAAUGCUCUUGCGAAAAUAUACAUAGACUCCAAUAAUAAUCCAGAGAGAUUCUUAAAGGAGAAUCAGUUUUAUGAUAGCAGGGUUGUUGGUAAAUACUGUGAAAAAAGGGAUCCUCACCUAGCCUGCAUAGCGUAUGAACGCGGUGAAUGUGACAGAGAAUUAAUAAAAGUGUGCAAUGAGAACUCUCUCUUUAAAAGUGAAGCUAGAUAUUUGGUAAAAAGGCGGGAUUCUGAACUCUGGGCUGAAGUUUUAAAUGAAAACAACCAAUUUAGGAGGCCUUUGAUUGAUCAAGUUGUACAAACUGCUUUGUCUGAAACACAAGAUCCGGAAGAUAUAUCUGUAACAGUGAAGGCCUUCAUGACUGCUGAUCUGCCAAAUGAACUGAUUGAACUCCUUGAAAAGAUAGUUCUUGAAAAUUCAGUCUUCAGUGAUCAUAGGAAUCUACAAAACUUAUUAAUUUUAACUGCUAUAAAAGCUGAUCGCACCCGAGUGAUGGAGUACAUUAAUCGUUUGGACAACUAUGAUGCUCCUGAUAUUGCCAAUAUUGCCAUUGGCAGUGAAUUGUAUGAAGAAGCAUUUGCUAUUUUCAAGAAAUUUGAUGUUAACACAUCUGCUAUUCAGGUGCUUAUUGAACACAUUAAAAAUUUGGAUAGAGCUUACGAAUUUGCAGAACGGUGUAAUGAACCAGCAGUUUGGAGUUUGUUGGCUCAAGCUCAAUUGCAACAGGGCAUGGUAAAAGAAGCUAUUGAUUCUUACAUUAAAGCUGGUGAUCCUUCUUCAUUCAUAGAUGUAGUUCAAACUGCUCAUGAAAAUGAGAGCUGGGAAGAUUUAGUACGUUACUUGCAGAUGGCUAGGAAGAAAGCUAGAGAAUCAUAUGUUGAAUCAGAAUUGAUUUAUGCUUAUGCAAAAACAAACAGAUUAGCUGAUUUAGAAGAAUUUAUAUCUGGCCCUAAUCAUGCUGAUAUUCAAAAGAUUGGUGAUCGAUGCUUUGAAGAUGGUCUUUAUGAACCUGCUAAACUGUUGUAUAAUAAUGUUUCCAACUUUGCUAGAUUAGCAAUUACAUUGGUUCACUUAAAAGAAUUUCAGGGUGCAGUGGACAGUGCAAGGAAAGCUAAUUCAACUAGAACUUGGAAAGAGGUAUGUUUUGCUUGUGUUGAUAAUGAAGAAUUCAGACUUGCCCAGAUGUGUGGUCUUCAUAUUGUUGUUCACGCUGAUGAACUUGAAGAUCUUAUUAAUUACUAUCAAGACAGAGGGUAUUUUGAGGAACUAAUCAGUCUUCUAGAAGCAGCUUUAGGAUUGGAACGGGCACACAUGGGAAUGUUUACUGAAUUGGGUAUUUUGUAUUCUAAAUAUAAACCUUCAAAAAUGAAAGAACAUUUGGAACUCUUUUGGUCACGUGUCAACAUACCAAAGGUGCUCAGAGCUGCAGAGCAAGCUCACCUUUGGGCAGAAUUGGUGUUUCUCUACGAUAAAUACGAAGAGUAUGAUAAUGCUGUUGUUACUAUGAUGAGCCAUCCCACCGAAGCUUGGCGUGAAGGACAUUUCAAAGAAAUCAUUACUAAAGUCGCAAAUAUAGAGUUAUAUUACAAGGCUAUUCAGUUUUAUGUGGAUUAUAAGCCUCUGCUGUUGAAUGACUUGUUGAUUGUUUUAUCACCGAGAAUGGACCAUACCCGUGCUGUUAAUUUCUUCACUAAGGUCAAUCACCUCCCUCUCAUUAAACCGUAUCUUCGAUCAGUUCAAAGUCUUAAUAACAAAGCCAUUAAUGAAGCAUUGAACGGAUUACUCAUUGAGGAAGAGGAUUUCCAGGGACUUCGUACUUCAAUUGAUGCCUUCGACAAUUUUGACAACAUUGCAUUAGCUCAGCGAUUAGAGAAACACGAGCUGAUAGAAUUUAGGCGAAUAGCUGCUUAUCUGUACAAAGGGAAUAAUCGCUGGAAACAAUCUGUUGAACUUUGUAAAAAGGAUCGCCUAUUCAAGGAUGCGAUGGAAUAUGCAGCUGAAUCAAAAAUGGCUGAAGUUGCAGAAGAGCUCCUCUCCUGGUUUUUGGAUGAGAAGAAUUUUGAGUGUUUUUCAGCUUGUUUGUUUCAAUGCUAUGACCUUUUGCAUCCUGAUGUUAUUUUGGAAUUGUCUUGGCGACAUAACAUCACUGACUUUGCUAUGCCAUACCUGAUACAAGUCAUGAGGGAAUAUAUUUCUAAAGUAGAUAAAUUAGAAGAAUUGGAAACUCAGAGAUUAGAAGAGUCUGCGCAAAAUGAAGCCAAGCCUAUCGUUUAUGCCCCGGAACCGCAACUUAUGCUGACUGCUGGACCAGGAAUGAUUGGUGCAGGGUAUCAAGCUUAUGCACCACCCAUGCCAGGCUAUCAAAGUUAUGGAAUGUAGGAUACAAAUAUUAGUAUGUUUUGUUUAUUUAGUGGAGAUAAUCUGCCUGCAGGUACCGGGCCAUCACUGGAAGAAAUAGAACUAUUUAAAUGUUUGCAACUUGUUGUGUAUAUGAAACUGAAAAGGAUAUGGUGAAAUAGAUUAUAUGAACUAUUAUUGUAAAUCUAACAUUUCGUCAUCUUGUCAAUAGAUCAUUGUUUUUCCUUUCAUAAAUGUAAAAUUUGUUAAAGGUGUUCUAUCACUGCACUUAAAAAUUUUAAUUGAUCCAUUGACUCCUCGAGUUAUUUUAUAAAAUUUAAAAUUGGUUUUGGGUACCUCUUUACUUUUAUUAUUGUACAUUUAUUCAAAGUUAUAUUUAUUGUGUGUUCCCAACCAAAGUUUAAAAUUUUUUUUUAUUUGUUAAAAUACUUGUUUAUCUGAAACUUAAACCUUGUUCUUUUAAAGUUUAACUCUGUUUUCUGUAUAAGGUAGCGAAUGUAACUUUCUAAAAUAUUUACUCUUGUUAGAAUUGUAUGUGCUGUUGAUAUUUGCUUUAAAUUCUUAUUAUUUUGUAAAUUGUGACCCUUGUAUAUGAGUUAACUUUGUUUUAGUUAACUGAUAAAUAUAUAUUUAAAAUCUCACUGUAUGUAUAUUCUUUCAAGCGCAAGAUUUCUAUUGACCUUGUCUAAAUCAAAUUAAAUUACAACUAAGUUUGCUACAGUGUAGAUGAAUGUAUAAUAAGAGGUGUAUCAUUUUCACGUCUGAAUACUAACUAUGCCACUCAAUGUGUGCGUUUACAGGAAGUCUAUUAUUUUAACUUCCUGACUUCUGUAGCUGAAAUAGACUUGACUUCUGAUAUGCAAUGUUGUAAGUAUUUGGUUAAUGCAUUCCGCCUGAAGUGUUUCACUGGAAAAAGAAAAUAAAUUUAACUAAACAAAGUGUUA